UCUCUUCAUUCUAUCUUCUCAGAUUUCCUUUUCUCUCCAGAUUCUAGAUCUACCACGUCUCUCUUGCUUCAGAAAUGGCCGGAGGAGGAAGUUCCAGAAUCGCACCUAACGCUAGGAAGAGAGUUGAGGCAGAUACCUCCGCUUCUGCUCCCGUUCGUGCUAGAGAUGGAAGCGCUUUCAUUCGCUGUGAGGAGUGCAAGAAAGACGUGCACAUUGCUUUGAUUGCGAUGCACAACUGUGCAGAUUUGGCUAAGCUUUACAAAUCACUUGAGGUGGCUGAUUCAGAAAAAGAUCAAGUUGAUCAACCACAACCUAAGAAAAGACUUAGGAAGGGACCUAAACCUGCAGAGCCUACAACUAAGAAAACUAAGAAGGAGAAGAAAAUUAAAGAUCCUAAUGCUCCGAAGCGUCCACCUACAGCUUUCUUCAUCUUCAUGGAUGAAUUCAGAAAGACAUUCAAGGAGGCUAAUCCUGACUGCAAGAGUGUUGCUACGGUUGCUAAAGAAGGAGGUGAGAAAUGGAAGAGCUUGACAGAUGAGGAAAAGAAGACAUACAGGGAUAAACAUGCAGAAUUGAAGGCAGAAUAUGAGAAAUUAUUGGGAUCAGCUAAUAAUGCUGAAGAUCCACAAGAUGUUGAGGAAAAUGCAGCUGAGAAAGAAGAGGAGGAAGAAAAAGCUGAGGAGGGAGAGGAAGAGAAAGUUGAGGAAGAUCUUGAAGAUGAUGUAUAAGUUAGAUCUUAGUUAUUGUUUAGUGCUUAUAACUGGAUAAUGAUUUUGAUCUAUAAUGGGUAUUUUGUAAAUUUCUAUUUCUCUUAUUGAAAUGUUUGAGUUGAUUCAACCCCCUUAUCAUGUGUUUGUAUUUUGACUCUGUAGUAUAAACUUCAUUAUUAUUUGAAAUUGAACCUUAUAAUCUUGAUUUA